AGCCAGCGCUGUCAGAAGGCGAAAAAAAAAAACAAAAAAACAGCAAAUUCUCGAUGCGUUCCGAAAAUUUUCAAAUAUGACACGAUUUGGUUUCAAAAAAAUUCUAAGCCACUACAAAAACUCGAAUGAUGCUAGCCUAGCGGACGACAAGUCCAGAAGCCAGAAGUUCGAUGCCCAAUCAGACCACACGCAGAAUGACAGCAGUUGCGACAAUAUUGAACCAAAGGCCGCUACGGUAAGAAAACUACCGACUCCACCCCCAGGCGAAACGGUCAAUCCCAAGCUACACGAUCUGAAGCCCACCGUUAGGACACAAUUUGUGCUGGGCAGGACAAUGAGGAACAACGAUUAUAGUUCGGCAGCCAUACGGAGAGGCAGCUACAUGCGCCGGGACCAGUCUAGGCCGAGCUGGCCAGCCAUAAGGAACAGGUCAAAAAAGCCAAAGCCCAUACGCCAUGUGGGCGGCGGUGUCAGAUUGUGUCCUGUCUGCGGUCAGCGGGCAAUUGACACCACCUUUACGCCCGAUGGACACAAUUGCAUUUGUGACUUAUGCAAUGCCAAGAUCCACGCCGCUUUGGAAAACUACAACGGUCAAUCUGGCAAUUACUCACCUUGCUCGUUAGACUGGCGACAGAGUCCGCAGUCGGGAAACCAAUGUCAGAGUCAGGGUCAGGGUCAGGGUCAGGCAACGGCACAGAGUUCGUGUCCGGCUGGUAAUCCGUGCGAGCCGCCACCGUUCAGCAUUGUUGUGCUGCAGGAUUGCGAAAAUAGUGCACUGAUUGAUCAGCUGACGACUGCCUUAGCGCGAACCUGUACACAACAAUCCAACUUUCACAACAACAGCAGCAAUAACAACGAUUACAGCACCGAAUACAAAAAUAAUUAUUCGAGCGGCUACCCGGAUCGAGCCCCAACGUGUGCAUUGCCAGCCCAUGACUAUGCACCACCCGGCUAUAUUCAAAAUCCCCCACCAACGCCCACGGGCCAGGUAUAUUAUGACGAUACUCAAAACCGCAUCUAUGACACUCCAUUGGCCCAAAGUAAUUAUGCAAGCCAAAGAAACGGGGAUUGGACUGACAAUGAGCCUUAUACCGAUAAUUAUACCGAAAAAAAUAUAGCUGCAGCUCCAAGAAACAAUGAAUGGGCUCCCGAUCCAGGUUUCUGCAAUGUUCGUCCAGGGCAACGCGACCCGCGUGACAAUCCAGGUCCCCCGUUAUAUCCUCCUAGCGGCACAGGUAUGCGUCGAAAGAACGGCCCUGUCAAUGUGGAUAACAACAGCUACGCUUGCGCGGCUGAUCGAGACGAUUCGAGUGGCUUUUCUGGACCUGGGUGUACCUGCAAUUGCGAAUUCUGCAGAAACAGUUACGAAAAUAGCGGAAGGCUUAUUUGUCUUAUCGCACAGGCCCUGGAGAUAUUCCUGGAAAAUAAUGUCAGGGAACCAGCAGCCAAUAAGGAGAAAAAAACAAAGCAUGGUGGCCGCAAGUCGUCCCAUUCCCGAAGCGCAUCUAACACCGGCGUAUCUGCUAAGUCCUCAAACACAAAAACCUCAGCUCAGCAUAAGGAGAAGGAGAAGGAAAAAAAAAAGUUUAAGGAGAAAUCCAAGAGCAAUGGCAAGGAGAGGGCCAAAGGGCCGCCAAAGGAUAAAAACAGAACCAAGCAUGCCCAACGUCAACUUAAUUAUUCGAACUUCUUUCUGCCCGACUCAGAGCAGGUCCCAUGCAAGUACAAGCAUUCAAGUCCCUGCAGCGCAGCUUGUCGCAGUGGCUGCAACAAAUCACCUGGCCGCAACAACGGCUACUCCGGCUCGGCAGGCUACAACGGAGGCUGCGUUCCCACCUGUACGGCUUCCUGUGGCAAAUGUACGAACUGCUGUGCGGGCUCACGCUCGGCGGAGCACCAGUCCAGUUGUGUCCCAGGCUGUCAAGCCACCUGCAGUAGCUCGAUGUCGAGCAACAUUAGUGCACCCAGUCGUUCCAAUCAGCGGCAGGCUAGAUUGGGCGGACGCAACAGAGGGCUUCCAGGCAACCCUGGAACGGGCGGACGCAACCAGCAGUCAGGCGGGCGUGGAGGCGCCGAGUCGUCGGCGGGCCAGAGUGGCCGCUCAAAGCAACCAAAUGCACGCUCCAAGUCGCCAGGCGGCAACGGUACGAAAUAUUGCCGCUGUUGCAACAAGCAACAGGAUCGCUUUGGAGCUGGUGAUGCCACAAAUCGGACGCCAUGCGGCUGCUGUGCCGGCUUUACAGGGCGAAGCAUGAACAGCCAGACGGCCAGACCCACGGGCAACUGUAUUCAUGGUCUACAGCCCGUGGCCCACUAUCGACCCGGCAUGCUGCAAUUCCCCAUCAACUAUACGCUCCGGCGCAACGGCGAAUGCGUACGCCGUAGUCUGGUGCGCACAGCGGCGGGGGCCACACUCCACGAGCGGCCACACAGUGAGGAGCACAUAUCGAAUGCCCUGCAUGAUCAAGGCAGGUCCAAGCCAUGCAGUCGAUGUCGUUCCAAUUUACAGUUUUGGCACUGAGUGCACAAAUUACGCAUUGUGUAGAUCGUAUAUAGUACUAAUCCAUCUAUAUCGAACAUAUAAUGCAUAAUUUUGUUCGGCCGCGUGGUGGUUUAGUUUUCAAAGCAAAAUUCCCGUUGACUUUCAAUUAAGCUAUAGAUCAAUAUAUAUAAUAAAACCGGUAAAAUGCAAA